AUGAGGAACCUCUUUAUGAAUCCCCUUCUACAUCAUCCCAAAGAACAGGAGAGCAUGGGGCUGGAAUUUCAAAAGCAGCUGCACAUCCGUCCCAUCCAUCCCGUCCAUCCCACCCACCCCGCAGCGCUGUUGUUUCCCUCCCCCGCAGGCUCCCCGCGGUUCACCCCAGCGGUUACGCAGCACGCCCCGUUUUUUAAGGGCACGGCUGUUGUCAACGGAGAGUUCAAGGAGCUGAGCCUGGAUGAUUUCAAGGGGAAGUACCUGGUCCUCUUCUUCUACCCCCUGGACUUCACCUUCGUCUGCCCCACAGAAAUCGUGGCUUUCAGCAACAAAGCAAAUGAAUUUCGUGAUGUGAACUGUGAAGUGGUGGCAGUUUCUGUGGAUUCUCAUUUUUGUCAUCUGGCCUGGAUAAACACACCACGAAAGAGUGGCGGUUUGGGAAAAAUGAAUAUUCCAGUUCUGUCAGACCUCACAAAACAAAUCUCCCGUGCUUAUGGUGUGCUGCUGGAAGAACCUGGCAUAGCACUGAGAGGUCUCUUCAUCAUUGAUCCAAAUGGGAUCAUCAAGCAUCUAAGUGUCAAUGAUCUCCCCGUGGGUCGUAGUGUGGAAGAGACCCUCCGCCUGGUGAAGGCAUUCCAGUUUGUGGAAACACAUGGAGAGGUUUGCCCAGCAAACUGGACUCCCAACUCCCCUACAAUCAAACCAAGCCCAGAAGGUUCUAAAGAAUAUUUUGAGAAAGUGCAUAAAUAAACACUCAAAUAUGUGGACAAAACUCUUAGUUUCCGUACACUGAAGACAUUAGGAAAGAAGCUGUGAUUAUGAAAAUAAUAAAAGUUCAUAUUUUCUGAU